CUCACGAUAGGAACAGGCGCCUGCAUUGCACUCAGCGGACAAGGGCACUAAUUCCUGCCAACCGGUUGAAAAUGCGAGCUGCAUUAAUAUGUGCACUUUUGGCUGCCGCUUUAAUAGUCUCAGACAGUGCUUUGCUCUCUAAGCGGAGGCACCGACUGCGGCAGAAAGAUGACAAUGGCUCCAGAAGACUUCGUAAGAAGAAUAGGGCCUGCAGAGGGUCGCUGUACGAUGAAGAUCCGGUUCCAGAUGGCACGCUUUGUAAAAUCACAAGAAGAACACCCGGAAUGUGCUUGAAUGGAAAAUGUGUCACGGUCCGCGAAUAUUUAGCAGCGAUAUCAAUCGGAAGACUCCAAACAACCAAAAAUCCUGGUGAAUUCGGAAGCACAUACCUUGUGACAACGAACGCCCCAUUUAGAAUUGCUCAUAUAUCUUCUACAGUGUCAUCCAGCACUAAGCACGCUUCGAGCACAGGACAGACUAGUUUUACUAAGCAAGAACAUUCAAUACCUCAAGAAACAAGAAAAACGUAUUCAAUACACUCACCAUAUAUUACCCACUACAGCUACCCUAUGAAUGCAGCUGGCAGCACGCACAAUUCCUGGCGUACAACUGCAUAUUUUACGCGGCAGAAAUAUGCUACCACCGAAACAUCCCCCUCAACAUAUUCAAGGGCAACAAAUGUACCAUAUAAGACCCACGACACGCAUAAUACAGAGGCACCAGUCAGCGCACACUAUUCCAGGCGCACAAGUAGAUAUGUAACCCCAGUGAAAUACCCAACCACUGAAGAAUCGCACUCAGCAUAUUCAAGUACAACAAAUGUACCACAUCGAACCCACGUCACACAAACUACGGAGGCUCCAGUCAGCACGCAACAUUCCGGGCACACAAGUAGUUAUGUUACCACGGAGAAAUACCAGACCACUGAAGAAUCCCACUCAGCAUAUUCAAGUGCAACAAAUAUCCCACAUCGAACCCACGUCACACACACUACGGAGGCACCAGUCAGCACGCAACAUUCCGGGCGCACAAGUAGAUAUGUUACCACGGAGAAAUACCCAACCACUGAAGAAUCGCAUUCAGCAUAUUCAAGUACAACAAAUGUCCCACAUCUAACUCACGUCACACACACUACGGAGGCACCAGUCAGCACGCAACAAUCCGGGCGCACAAGUAGAUAUGUUACCACGGAGAAAUACCCAAACACUGAAGAAUCGCACUCAGCAUAUUCAAGUACAAAAAAUGUACCACAUCAAACCCACGUCACGCACACUACGGAGGCACCAGGGAGCACGGAACAUUCCGGGCACACAAGUAAAUAUGUUACAACGGAGAAAUACCCAACCACUGAAGAAACGCACUCAGCAUAUUCAAGUACAACAAAUGUCCCACAUCGAACCCACGUCACACACACUACGGAGGGACCAGUCAGCACGCAACAUUCCGGGCGCACAAGUAGAUAUGUUACCACGGAGAAAUACCCAACCACAGAAGAAUCGCACUCAGAAUAUUCAAGUACAACAAAUGUACCGCAUCAAACCCACGUCACACACACUACGGAGGCACCAGUCAGCACGCAACAUUCCGGGCGCACAAGUAGAUAUGUUACCACGGAGAAAUACCCAACCACUGAAGAAUCGCACUCAGCAUAUUCAAGUACAACAAAUGUCCCACAUCGAACUCACGUCACACACACUACGGUGGCACCAGUCAGCACGCAACAUUCCGGGCACACAAGUAGUUAUGUUACCUCGGAGAAAUACCCAACCACUGAAGAAUCGCACUCAGCAUAUUCAAAAACAACAAAUGUCCCACAUCGAACCCACGUCACAAACACUACGGAGACACCACUCAGCACGCAACAUUCCGGGCGCACAAGUAGAUAUGUUACCACGGAGAAAUACCCAACCACUGAAGACUCGCACUCAGCAUAUUCAAGUACAACAAAUGUACCACAUCAAACCCACGUCACGCACACUACAGAGGCACCAGUGAGCACGGAACAUUCCGGACGCACAAGUAGAUAUGUUACCACUGAAUAAUCCCACUCAACAUAUUCAGCGACAACAAGUGUGUCAUACACGACCCUGAACACGUCCACUACUGAUGAACCUUGAAGUACGCGUUAUAUCAAGAGUUCAAGUGUGUAUUUAACAGGGCAUAAAUAUCAAACCACUGAAAAAUCACAGUUAGAAUAUUCAAGUAUGAGAAGUGUGCCUUAUUAACCACGACACGUGCACUAUGAAGAUUGCGAGAAGCGUAUGAGCGGACAUUCCAUCUGAAACAAAUAUUCAAUUACUAAAUAAUCGCACUGAGCGUACUCAGGAACAACAAAUUUACCCCUGUAAACUCAGGAAACUUUCACUACGAAGAUAACUGGUAGCACGUGUUUUGACGUGUUUGCUAGUGGACAUAUAAUCAGUGCUGAACUGCCAAUAACUGAAGAACCACAGCUAACAUAAUCAGGUACAAGCUCUUGCUUCAGCUCGCUCCUGUUAUUUUGGGUGUUCUUAUCCUUCCUAGGAUAAUUUAGUUUUAUUUUUGCAUCAAAAUUGUUUGUUUCUGAUUAAAAUUUUAUCAUCUUUAUUUUUAGCUAUGCUUUCAUCAUUGCUUAAAUUAUGUCUUGAAAAAGAAAUCGUAUUGCUCUAUUUGACUUUAGAACCUACUUUUCUAUAUAUCAAGUAUGUAUUGCCUGUAAAAAUUAUAAUAAAACCUAUUUUAUACUUGAGG